UCCACCCCGCUGCGAUGCCGCCCUGUGACCGGCGCUGCGGGUGGUGAGGUCUGGCCGAUGCCGCCCUGUCGCCGGCGCUGCAGCUGCUGAGGUGCGCCAUGGUGCCGCCGGCCGCUCGGCCGCUCGUGCUGCUGGUACUGCUGGCGCUGGCGCCGCCGGCCACGCCGACCACCGAGCUGUCUGCGCCUAGCUGUUUGGCUGAGGACCCAGCGCCGACGGUGCGACACAUGCAGUGGAACGAGGAGGAGCUGGAUAUCCGCCUGCAGGUGUCGAGUCGGCCCAGCUCCCAGCUGAUCGCCUGGAUCUUCAAGCUGUUUCUGGAGGACGUCCUCGGCUACGUUCGCGUCCGUCUGGUCUACCUGCCGGACCACUACAACAUGACGGCAUACAUCCUGGCCCUCUCCCAGUGUCCCAGCUGUAACGACGAGGACGUGCUGCUGGCGUCCGACCGGACCGAGCUGCCGCUGCACGAGCCGCCGGCCACCAUCAACCUGGAGGCGUGGGCGCCGCCAGGCUACGAGCUCGACCAGGAUGCCGAGCUCUUGCAUAACGUCAUGUACGCCGGCCCGCUGGGCGCCGUCACCAGGAUGGGCUGGUUUUUCCAGGAGCAGGUAGCUAUUUCACACUCAGUUGUGCUGGAUCAUUGGAGAGCGUUCACCCGCUCGGAAGCUAUCGAGAUCUUCAACUAUACGCAGACCGAGCUGGCCAGCCUGGAGCACAACCUGAUGGAUGAGUCUCACAGGUACCACUGUGACGCGCCGCCGUGCCAGGACGGGAAGUUCGUGCCCCCCUGGUGCAGGGGGGUGCACUGUGCCGUACUGCUGGCCUCGCGGCCCGAGGAGGCCAACUUCGUGCUGGACCAGAUCGUGGAGCUGCAGCUGCAGGUGCGGGUGUACUGGGUCGGCGACCACCUGGCCCGCCUGGUCACCCUGAGAACGGAGGCGGACAGGCCCGUGCUGUUCGUGCACUACACGCCCAGUCUCCUGACCUUGAAGACGACGUACGCGGAGGUGGCCUUCCCAGCCUGCCUGAACGGAGCCUUCUGCUUCACUGGCACCCGCCAUCUCAAGAAGCUGGCGUGGAACAAGCUCAGGGACAGCGCCAUCCUGGCUGACAAGGCGCUGCAAGGCUUCCACCUGGACCAGGAGCAGUACACGGCGCUGCUGCGGCUGCAGCUGCAGCACCCCAAGUUCAGCUAUCGCCAGGUGGCCUGCCACUGGCUGCGGGCCCAUCGGGACGUCUGGGAGCACCGCUGGAAGCCGGUCGGCCGUCCCAAGAUCUGGAUCGGGGGCAUCUUCCCCAUAGGCGGGCCCAACUACAAGGCCAAGGGCGUGAUACCAGCCGUGUUGAUGGCCGUCAAAGCGGUAAACGCCAACUCCAGCGUGCUGCGGGACUACGACCUGACGCUGAACGCCCACGACGGCCAGUGCAGCGCCGACAUGGUCAUGAAGACCUUCAUCGACUACGUCCGCAUGCCGACCCACCGGCACAUGGCUGGCAUACUAGGUGGGCGAACCGGACGCGGGUGGACCGUCGACGGACGGCGACGCCACGGUCAGGCUGGAGCAGUCAGCCGUGCCGUGGCGUUCCUGUAGCUGGAAUAGUGCACCUCAUCAAAG